AGUUCAACUCGGAAGCAUGUGAAUGUGUUGAGGGAUUAAAAAUACAGAUUAUCAAGUAGUUUUCAAGUCAGCCCAAUGAUGAUGACUAGCUGGGCUGAGAUGAAGAUGGGGGGUAAACCCCUGGGACCCCCCAUCUCCUCUUCAAACUGCUUCUCAGGAAGAUAUUCACCGACAUACAGAGUACCAGAGCAUUCUAUGAGAAGAUGUGUAGCUAACUCAGCGGACAGUAUGAUAUUCUCUGGGUUGAACAAUGAGCUGUUGAGUAGAGAAGGUUUGGUUGCUCUAGAUAUGAAGCACCCUGUAUCCCCGGGCCCUUUAACUCCUUCUGGGACACCCCUCUCACAUCAUUCUCUUAGGGAUUCGGUGAAUCUUACUCCAGGACCUUUACCACAUAUCAAACAGGAUAUGAUGUACCCACAGAUGUCAUCUCCCGGACCCCCUCCCUCCAGACAGUGGUACCAAGAAGCCUGCCUGGGGGUCUCGAGAUGGACCGAAAAGCAAAAAAAUGUGAUGGAUGUACACGAUAUGUCUCUGGAUAUGCUUGGAGGAGGAGGUAUGUCAGGGUUAUCAGGAAGCAUGGGAGACUGUGUAACAUCCUCACAUGGGAUCCAUCCUUCUAUGUCAAUGUACCAGCUUGAGAAAAAUUGUUCAGCUUUGGACAUGUUUCAGACCCACAGCGGAAUGAUGUCUCCUCACAACCCCCUCCAUCAUCCACAUCAUCCUCACCAUGUAAUGCCGAUGAGUGAUGCGGACACAGAUCCAAGGGAGCUGGAGGCCUUCGCAGAGCGCUUCAAGCAGAGACGAAUAAAGCUUGGGGUUACACAGUGUGAUGUAGGAAAAGCUUUGGCUAAUUUAAAGCUGCCUGGGGUUGGUGCUCUUUCCCAGUCUACCAUAUGUCGGUUUGAAUCCCUCACAUUGUCGCACAAUAACAUGAUUGCGUUGAAACCGGUUUUGAUGGCGUGGCUAGACGAGGCUGAAGCUGCCAGGCGUGACCUGGAUGGAACUAAUAGUAUGCUAGCACAUGGAGAGAAAAAACGUAAACGAACUUCCAUCGCAGCUCCAGAGAAGCGGUCCCUUGAAGCCUACUUUGCAGUCCAACCCCGGCCCAGCGGAGAAAAGAUUGCUGCUAUUGCUGAGAAGUUGGACCUGAAGAAGAAUGUGGUCCGUGUUUGGUUCUGUAACCAGCGACAGAAGCAAAAGCGCAUGAAGUUUGCCGCGCAAAGUGGUAUACACUAGCAAUCAAUCAAUCAUCAGUUAUAUAAUCAAAAUUUUCCCUUUGCCUUCGUAAACUCGGACCUACUGUGAUGUUCAUUCAAUAACUGGAGUUAAGUGGAUCUAUAUUAAAGUUCAAUACAAACAUACUAGUUCUAAACUCAUCAGCUGACCACAAUAGUAAAUCUUUUUUACAGUUACAGUCCUAAGUUUCUGUUUAUCCAAAGAUUAAGUUAGAACAAAUAAUUUUUCCUUUAGAAAACUUUAAAUAUUUUAUACAGAAAUUUAAAACAUUCCAAUUAUAAGUUUUGAGUGCAUAACCAUGAAAUAUCUUACAUAUCAAAAUAUGUACAGUGUACCCUAGUAAACAUGUGUACGGUGUACAGACAUAAUCUUUUUUAAAAAUUUGAAUUUUUAUUUAUUAUGUUUCACGUAUCUUUAAAAAAUAUUAUAUCAUAACUUUUUUUACAAUGGUUACUUUUUACCAAAAUGUUAUUUUAGUCCAAAAAUAACACAUCUAGUCCAACCCUUGAUCUCAUGGUGGCGAUUUAAAAAUAUCUAAACGAACUCUGACUUAAAAAUUAAAAAAAUGUUAAAUGGAGUAACCCUUUAUCUUAUACAAUGUUGUGAUCAUGUUUCCUCGUACUUUAUUAAAGCAGGAAAUAAUGUUGUAAUUGUGAUAAAUCAGUCAACUGAUCAAUACUCAGGUUUAAAAACAUUCAUGGGUCAAACACUUUUAAAUACCAAUUGUUUUAAUUUUAUCUUCGAAUUGGUUGAUUCAAAAAAACAUGAAUGGUUCUAGUGUUGAUUUUCCAGAUUAAAAAAAAAUACAAACAAUUAGAUUUUUUAAAAGCUGGCAAGGGGCAUGAUUUUGCGACGAAAAAAUAAGUCUGCAUAUCCUUGGUUCUGAAAAUCAAAAUAGUUAAAAUUAUGUCCGUAACAUGUUUUUAUUAACUUGACCAGUAAAAAAACGUUCCAAAUUGUAAAACAUGUGCAGUGUUGUUAUAACUGUUCCCUUAUUCAGUCUUAAAGUUACAUGGAUUAAACGUGAAGUAUGAGAAGCCACCUUAGUUGCUCAAUAUUAGUCUGAACCAAACCAAACAAAAAUACAUUGCAUUGGGGCUUAUGAUGUACAAGAUAGUGCAUAUAAAUAUCCAACGUUUCAAGUUAAUAUUUCAGUAAAAUUUAAAAAUAAAAAUAUAAACAUUAUUUUAUUUAUUCUUUUUCCAAUUAAACUUCACAUUUCCUUUUCCACUCAUGUACGGUACAAUGAGUUGUGUUGAGUUUUUGGCUCCAUUGCAAUACAUUGUACAUAUCACCAGUACUUGUACAUUAUUUUAUGUAAAAUAACAGUGCAGUACAUCAGAAGUCCACUUAUAUAUAUGUACCUCAGUACACCAUCAUGUUGCACCAUGUACUCCUGUACUUCGAUAUCGUAAUAAAUAAUACAAAAAUA